CCUCCACAAAAUUUAACUUUUCUUCCAGUUGGUCCAACUUCACCAGCAGUGAACAUGACCUCACCUCCACUCAAUGCCACUUCUCCACCAGUCAGUCCACCUUUACCAGCAUUCAGCACGACCACUCUGCCAGCAUUCAACAUUACAUCACCUCCUCUCAAUGCAACUUCUCCAGCAGUCAGUCUACCUUUACCAGCAUUCAACAUGACCUCCCCACCAGCAUUCAACAUUACAUCACCUCCACUCAAUGCAACUUCUCCACCAGUCCGUCUACCAUUACCAGCAUUCAACAUGACCUCCCCACCUGUUGGAGCAACUUCACCAGCAGUCAACAUGACCACACCUCCACUCAGCACAGUCUUAUCUUCUGCUCAUACCACAACACCAGCAUCUAAUGUAACUUUACCAGUCAGCGUGACAUCCCCACAAACAGUUACCACAGUAACAGCACUAGGUAAUGCAAGCUCCACACCUGUAACAGGAUCACUGGCAACAACAACACCAACUACAACUACAACCACAACAACUACUGCUACCACUACAACCACAACUACUACUGCUCCUACUACAACUACAACGAAAACACCUGCCCCCCAAUUGGAGCCUAAAAUCAAUUUGGGAUUUAGUUUGGUGAAAGUCUUUGUACUAGCCUUUGAUGACAAGAACUCUCCAGAGUUUAUUGCUCUAGCGUUGGAAGUAACCUCAGCGGAUCCGUCGUGGUAGAUGCUGAUCUGCUAUUCAAUAAUGUGACAGUUCUACCAAAUACUAGUGAUGUGGCUCAAACGUUGGUGAAUGCUUCCUCUGCAGCAAAUUUCUCCCUCUCUGUCAAUGUGUCUACUAUAGCUGCAGAAAAUGUUUUGGUACCAGCUAUAAAUACAACUACCACACCUAUGAUUUCAACAGUAGUCACAGCAAUAAAUGCAGCAACCAACGGAACAACUCUUACUUCUGCAACAACUCUGACAUCAGCAACUUCCAAUGGAACUGCUACUACCAUAACUACAGUGUCCCCCACCACCACAGCAAACACAGCUCCUCCUACAGCUGACGAAGGAGCCCUGAGUUUUAGGUUUAGUCUGAAUCAAACUUUUACAAAUGAUCUUUCUGAUUCACGCACACCGGGGUUUCAAGCUUUGGCCACCAGUGUGGUCAAUGAGGUAAACAGAGUGUGCAGACUUGUCUAUGGAGGRCGUUUCCUUCGCUCUCUUGUCAAUGCAUUCAGGAGCGGAUCUGUGAUUCCAGACAUGACUCUUGUGUUCAAUAGCAGUAGCGCUGUCCCCACGGCAGCUGAUGCAACUACAAAUCUUGGCAAUGAACUUGUCAACAGUACAGUCCUGAAUAUUAUACCAGGCAGUGUCAGUGCAUCCACCACUAAUGUUACUACUACAGCUGCUCCUUCCACGGCACCAUCUACUACUAACAAUGUAACAGCUGCUUCAACUGCUACUACAAAUACAACAUCGGCAACAACUGCUACUACAAAUGCAACAUCGGCAACAAUUGCUACUACAAAUGCAACAUCUGCAACAACUUCUACUACAAAUGCAACAUCAACAACUACCACUGGAACAACUGCUACUCCUGCAACGACUGCUACCACCGGAACUACAUUAGCCCCCACCACCACAGCAAACACAGCUCCUCCUACAGCUGACGAAGGAGCCCUGAGUUUUAGGUUUAGUCUGAAUCAAACUUUUACAAAUGAUCUUUCUGAUUCAACCUCGCAAGUGUUCCAAGUCUUGGCCAUUAAAGUGAUCAACGAGGUAAACAGAGUGGGUAGACUUGUCUAUGGAGGACGUUUCCGUCGAUGUCGUGUCAAUGCAUUCAGGAGCGGAUCUGUGAUUCCAGACAUGACUCUUGUUUUCAAUAGCAGUAGCGCUGUCCCCACGGCAGCUGAUGCAACUACAAAUCUUGGCAAUGAACUUGUCAACAGUACAGUCCUGAGUGUUAUUCCAGGCAGUGUUAUUGCAUCCGCCACUAAUGUUACCACUACAACUGCGCCUUCCACGGCACCAUCUACCAAUGCAACAGCUGCUUCGACUGAAACAACUGCUUCGACUGCUACAACUGCAGCCACAAAUGCAACAUCGGCAACAACUGCUUCUACAAGUGCAACAUCUGCAACAACUGCUACUACAACUACCACAACCACAACAAUUGCUUCAACUACUAUAGCAUCCACGAACACAGAUCCACCUGCAGCAAAUGAAGGAAGACUUGGUCUAAGAUUCCGCAUGGACAGAACAUUUACAUCAGAUUUACAAAACUCAGCUACAGUAGCUUUCAAGGCACUAGCUACUGAGGUGGUUGGAGAGGUUAACAAGGUGUGCAAUAACCUCUUUACACCAUUUUUCCGUCGCUCCCGAGUCGAAUUCUUCUCGAAUGGAUCUAUAGCUACAAACAUGACUCUCAUAUUCGUGAACAGCACCACAGUGCCUUCAGCAGAUUCUGCCACUCAACAGUUAAGCAAAGCGCUUAAUGGCACAACCCUAAAUGUUAUACCAGGCAGCGUCUUUGCAUCAUCAGCAGGCGGUCUUCCUCUACCCACAAUGAGCACACUGACAGUCUUCUCACUAACUAUGCUGGCUCUCGUACAGAGRCAGUUCAGCUCCUAGUACUCAGAAGAUACAAUGUUGUUUGGCUGAGUGACAAACAAAAAUGACAAAACAGUUGUGCAUUAUGAAAUUUGCCAUGAUGUCAUGUGGUAAAAAGAUGUGUCUUGUGUGUCAAAGAAUAAGACAGUUAUACAGUAUUUUCCUAUUUUGUUGUAUUUAAGAUACUAAUCAAAAAUAAUUCUAAUUUAAAACAUAUUCAGUGUAUCUGUUUCUGUCAAUGUUUUUUUUUUUUUGAAAAGUGUAUGUUUCUUUGAUUUUUGUUUUGUAGUUACUAAAA